CUAGUGCGCUUGAUGCGCCCCGGCGUUGUAGUACUGGUCCUAGGUGGACGUUACGCUGGACGCAAGGCUAUUGUUAUUAAGAGUUAUGAUGAUGGCUCCAAGGAAAAGCCUUACGGUCAUGCGCUUGUCGUGGGCAUCGACCGAUACCCGAGACGUUUGGUUCGUCGGAUGGGUAAAAGACGCAUGGAAAGCCGCUCGAAGAUAAAGCCUUUUGUCAAGAUUUAUAACUACAACCACUUGAUGCCCACCCGUCACUCCGUGAAUAUCAUGUUUGACACGAAGCUCAUAAACAAGAACGCGCUAAUGGACAAGGGUCUCCGUCGUAAGGCCAGAUUAGAAGCAAAGAUGAAGCUUCAACAAAGGUACAAGUCCAACGAAAACCCUUGGUUCUUCCACAAACUGCGGUUCUGA